AAGAGACCGAACUCCUGAGGCGAAGCGCACGGCUACCGAGGAACGCCGUCGCUUCCUCCUUCCGCGCUGUAGUGCCCGUCUCGUCUUCGCACUCGAUGGGAUACAUCCAAGAGGCCAGAGAAAACCAUGUCAAGAAGAAGGUGGAAGAAGCUUUGCGCAGCAAAAUGAAGCAAAAAGCACUCAAAGAAUGUGACCAUUACUCUGCAAAGUAUGCUGAAUGUGCCAUGGGAAGAACUUUAUCUGUAAUUUGGCAUUGUCGUAAACAAGCAAAAGUGCUAAAUGAAUGCCUUCAUCAAUAUACCAAUGACAGUGUCUUGGAAGAAAUGAAGAAAAAUUACAUGCUGGAACAGGAAAGCAAAGACAGGAAUAAGCUCUGAGCAGUUCUUACAUUUUUGCAUCCACUAUAAGGUUAACUUUUUGUGCGGUGUCUUUGAAUAUCCUGGUCCAUUUAUGUUGUUAGAAGCCUGGAAGGACAAUAUAGACGUAUGUGUUUUUAAUUUUCUUAUAUUGUGAUUUCAUGGUAGCAAUCACUAGUAUCAUAUAUCAAGACAUGCCUAAGUCAACGAGAUUGAAACUGUGUUUGCGAAGACAACAUGCUGAAGGACAUGGUGAUAUUUACGGUGCUUGGAAACUGAGAACAAGACAGAAAAAGUGAAUGGUUCGAUUAAAAAUUUCUGUAUUUUCUGUCAUUCUAGUUAUCUCCAACAGCAUUUGACUGAAUGAACACCAAUACUUUACAAAUGGAUGCUGCUGCUGCAUGCUUUCAUAUAA